UCUUUCUGUUUUUGCUAUGAUUGUGGUAAUGGUAUCCGGAGUUGCACAGUCAACAUAUGUCUGUUUAUAAAAGAGAAGUAACAUAUUCACAACUGGUUCUUUUUUACUUUUUGUGUCCGUGAUUUCUUUUAACAACAUUACUCUUUUUAAUAUGUUUUUUUGUUUUACAUCUUUUUUGAAUGUUGCGCCACCAGCUUGUUAGACGUAUAAACAGUUCGUUUCCAGACUCUUCUUUUGAAGUUUCCAACAGGUCGCCACGUGCUUUUUGUACAGAUCUUAUAUAAGUAAUCUCGACACACGAAGAAGAAAGAAGCUGCUGUGGAGUUUCAGAUUUACCGAGAAAAGAAAAACCUUGAUUUUGUUGUUGUUAGGGAUUUUAAAGAAACAAAAAAAAAAUUAAUUCGAAAGGAUUACGGGAUUUUAAUUUAGCAGGACUAAUUACACAUCUUUUAUUCAAUGCUGAUAUCCGGAAAAGUUAUUCAAGCGAGUUUAACAACAUCUAUAGUCGAUUAAUUAAGUUACAUGGUCACUCGUCUUUGACUGUUAUUCAACGAUACGCUGGUUGGAGUUGAUUGCUGUAAUAUAAAGGUUUUAUAUGACCAAUGACAAAAACGUUCAUCUAACAAAUCACAGUCGUUUAAAAACGAGCGAAGGCUUACAAAGAAAACAGUGUGGAAUAUUUUUUAUGCGAUAUAAAUAUUGAAUAUACAAAUACAGAAGGUUGGAAUGGACGAAGGAGAGGAUAAAAAGAUUGUGGAAGACGCAACUAAUUUUUUGUUUUUCGUUCAAGAACUCUCAGCAAACCUUCCAGCUAAAACUUUACAAGCUUUCAAACAAGGAACGUGCACACUUCCGUCUUCUAAUUUCGAUGAAGAACUAUCCGAUAGUGGAGAUUCCGGUUUUGACGGAAACAGUGACAACUCAAGUCAAAAUUUAAAGCCAUCGCUUAAGAGCACAAAUAAAAGUGAAGAUAUCCCGACGCGCGUUGAAGGCAAGAAAUUCGAGUGUCCAAUCUGUGGGAAAUUUUUUAAACGUCGUUCCAGCUUAUCGACACAUAAACUUAUUCAUUUGAACGUCAAGCCUUUUACAUGCCAAACUUGUUCAAAAGAAUUCUUGAGAAGGUCAGACUUAAAAAAGCAUUCUUUAAUGCAUAGUGGUAAAAAGCCACAUGAAUGUCCCGAGUGUAAAAAAGUUUUUUCACAAUCAUCAAAUAUGUUGACGCAUAUGAGGCGACACACUGGCGUGCGCCCUUUUUCAUGUAAUAUAUGUGGACACGCGUUUUAUAGAAAAGUCGACGUGCGACGACAUCAGUCGAGACAUCAGAAAGAAAACGUGAACGCGUCGACCAUCACCGUUCGAAAUAAACUUUUACAAUAGCAAGCAAGUUUCAUUUUAUUUCUUUCGAAGAAAAUAUCUUCUUUUUCAUAUUUGCUUUACGCUAGGCAAUACAUCUGAAUCUGUUGACACAGACUAGCUUGCCACUCCAGAUAUUAUUGACCAAUUAUAAGUGUAGCAAAUACAGAAAUUAGUUACCACUCCACUUGCAUUGCUGCAGCAUACGUUAAUGUGCUGUUAAAUGGAAAAACAUUUUAUUUGAAAUUGUUUUCAUUUUAUAUUUUACCAAAAUAAAUAUGUAUAUGUCUUAUUUAAGUUUUUCAUACGUUUUUAAGCUGAGUUGCAUUUCUCUUAUAGUAUUUCAAAUAGAUUUAAUUCCAUUG